UAGUAUUAAUUUGGUAGUGCAAUAAUUAUUAUUACAAGGGCGAGCAGGACGUUCGCCACCCACAUAUUGCAGGAGAUGGCAAUGGAGCAGAGUAGAAAAUUCCAAGAUUGGAUUCACAGAUUUAGCAUCACCGAAACGCGAAAACAUAAGGGUUACACGAUCUAUAAGAUAUCUUCCAUUGUCUUUCCAUGCUAUCUCCCGGAGGCCCUGACGAACGUGACUCUGUGGAAGCGCUUCAGUGACGUCAAAAAGUUGUACAAAGAACUCGUCCGGAAGCAUCGAGAGCGGCACCUGCCAGGCACGGUUCCGGCCCUGUCGGAAAGGACCUACUUUAAGCGAUUCGAUCCGAGGGUUAUUGAAGACCGGAAAAGAUACAUUCUGGAGCUGUUAGACUUCGCCGGAGCGGAACCAGUCCUGUUCCUGUCGUACGCUUUUGUAAAGUUUUUCGAACGGGGAAUCUCGCCGGAGGGUUCUCCGCUAAAUGGCGGUAACAUUGCAGCGAUAUGCGAGGAUCUGGCCAUUCCGGUGCCGAAGGAGAUCGAACUGAUCGAUCCGAGUAGGUGCGAUGGGAGUGGCGAAGACAGCGAGCAGGAUGGUGCUGUGGAUGACAUUAGUAGCAGUGCGGGUGAUUCCGUGAGGACUGGGAAUGGUUCAAUGGGGGAUUCGAUGUUUUCGCAGUCAAGCUUACAGGAAGAACCGGUGACAUUGACGAUGACGGUGACAGCCGGGAUUGGGCGGGAUUGUGUUGAUGGUGAGAUGGAGGAAGUGGAGGGUUCUAUGGAUUACAUCGUGGAAGCCGCCAUGGUGUUCAGUAUAGCGGUCCAAGCGGAAGCCAAUGGGAGCUACAGGGAGGCGUUCAAUAGAUACAAGGCGGGGAUUGACAAGCUGCUGAGCGGAGCUAAGAAUGAUUCCAAUGCCACCAGGAAAAAAAUCGCCAAGGAAAAGACAUGCAAGUACGUUGCCCGGGCAGAAGAGAUCUAUGAGAAGUUCCUCCUGUAUCAGGAGGAAGAUGAUAUCCUUCAGUUGAGUCCAAUCUCGUUGAAUGAUCCAAGUUCGCCGAUUCAGCUGCUGGAGCGUCCUCUUAACUAUCUCUCCCGGUACAAGGUGGUGCGUGUUGUGGAAGGACGCGUCAUGCAAGUUCAGGAUGUAACGGACAAGAAGUUCUACAUUAUGAAAGGAAUUCGAAAACCGCCUGGAUUCUGUCAUGCAAUGUUCUUCCCUCACGAUGUUCCCUACAUGGUGCCCCUGGUGGCCUACUUCCAGUCGGAAUCCAGUGUCUUCCUGCUGUUGAAGCUAGUUUGCGGUGGUAAGCUUUGGGAUUACAUCGCCAGCUACCGGAAGAAAGAUGAUCUGGUGGAGGAAUAUGUAGAAUCUCCGCCUUCGGUUGCGACAGAACCGCAGGAGGAUUCCGAACCGACAGCGAAAAGCCAGGAACUUUUCAAUGAAUCCGACUCGAGCCAAACGGCGGGUUACGAUUCCGGUUUUAUUGAUCUCGUAAAUGAUUACAACAGGAAGACGAAAACGAUAGGGGACAAGACUGAAGAACAGGUACACACGGUCGAGGAGGAAGAAGUGGAACAUGGUCUGGAAGCGGACGAGGUAGAUCAUCGUGUGGAACCGGAAGGCGAGGAGAGCACUCAGGAGUACAUUCCAUCGUUCGAUGUCCUCUCGAGGGACAUGGAUGUCAAAGAUCUGGUCAGCUGCAGUCAGCAGCUGUUGAGAUCCGUUUCGCAAACGCUAGAACAGUCGCAAAAGGAACCGGAUCCGAAAGAAAUGUGUAGAUCGGCCGAGCAGAAGCGAGAGGAAUUGAUUGUUGAGGUCCCGAAGCGACCCCACAUCGAUACUAGUCAAUUAGAGUUAGGAACGAUGAACGGAGUGGACUUCGAUCCCAUUCCAGAAGGAUGCAUCAAGCAGUGGAUCAGCGAGCUGGUUAUCGCCGUCGAUAAUUUGCACUUUAAUGGGAUUAUCUGCGGUGACCUCGCAAUGGACAACCUGCUGCUGGGGCCGGAGGGUCAGCUGAUGCUAACGUACUUCUAUCGGAGGGAAAAGUUCCCAAACAUCACAACCCUCUCGACGGAACUUCGCCAGGAGGCGGUCCAACGGCUAUACGUAGCUCCGGAACGCCCCCUACAAGCUAAGUCGGACUUUUGGUCUGUGGGAGUGAUACUGUUCGAAAUGCUUACCCACAAGAGCUUCCUGUCCUGUCAUCCGGCGGGAGUAUUGUGCUACCACGACAUUCAGUACCCGGAAGGGGUGGACAUCUCCGGUGAGGCCAGGGAACUACUGGAAGGGCUCCUUCAACCCCUACCGGAGAACCGAUUCGAGUUCAAGGAGAUCAUCGCGAAUGCGUUCUUCCAUGCGAUAGAUUGGAGCGAGGUGAAACAGCGCGGUCAUGACUAGCUCGCCGGAGCAACUACGUACUAAUCGAACAAACCAGAGCAAAUUCAUGCGACUUCGGAACAAAGUAAUAGUGCAUUAGCGUUAAUUAUUAUAAAACGUCUAGAAUGUUUUGCGUUAUCGGAUAAUAAAUGUUUACACCAAUUACCAAUCAUAUUACACUUUUUUCCAGUUUUUUUUUGGCUCACAUUUCCAAUAUAUUUCCUCCCCUUUCUUCAGUUACAUUGUAAACAUUACAAUUAAGAGCUUAGCUAGUGGCCACAGGCUCCACGACUUCCCCCAGUUCCAACGUUGGCUUGUUCUUGGGUUCGCUACGCGGGGUGCUGUACAUAAUUUCGUCCUUAGGCUCCACCACGGACACAUUAUCCGGCAGGGGCUUCUUCGGUCCGAUCUUGCCAUUUGGAUCCCAAGGCAACAU